AUGGGCAGUCCAGUUAGCCCUGUAGUGGUCAAUCUCUGUAUGGAAGAAAUCGAGGAAAGUGUGAUUAACAGUUCAUCCGUCUCUCCUAAAAUCUGGAAACGUUAUGUCGAUGACAGCUUCUGCAUCAUCAAAAAAGACAAUGUGCCAGCUUUCCAUGACACAUUAAAUUCAAUUGACACCAACAUCUCUUUCACCAUCGAAAUUGAAAGUGACAAUAAGAUCUCCUUUCUCGACACUUUGGUCAACCGCAGAAAUGGUACCAUCGCUGUCAAUGUUUACAGAAAGCCUACGCACACAAACAGAUACCUAGAUUACAAUUCUCACCAUGAUAAUAAACACAAGGCCAGCACAGCAGCAACUCUUCUACACAGAGCCCUAAAGCUACCCAACUCCUCCGAAGGAAAAGAAUGA